AUGCCCGACCCUCUUGAUGAUGACUGGUAUAUCUCCCUCGACUACCCUGUCCCUGCCCAAUCCCGCUAUCUCCCCCUCACCCAAGACCGGAAAGUGAAACUCGUCACCCUUUCGAACUUGAUGGGGCCCAUCGAUCCGGCCGUCCUCGAGCACCUCGAAAGGAUUCGUCAGCCCUCCUCCAAGUAUGCCGACUACAUCGAGGGGGAUGAUCGGCCCGAGUUGUUUGUGGACUACGGGUUGGUCCUCGGUCGCGGGAAGGACGAUAAGCCAGUCAACCGACUCAAUAACGCCGUCGUUUCCAAGGUCCACUGCGCGUUAAAUGUCACCGUCCAGGGUCAUCUCUACAUCACCGACCUCGGCUCGUCCCACGGUACCACCGUCAGCUCGGGCCCAUUCUUCACCUCCCCCGCCGCUCGGCUCAGGACCACAACACCCACUGGUCCCCUGUUCAUCACCCUCAAGCCCCAAGUUCCCGUCCGCCUUUUCGACUGCGACGUCAUCACCUUUGGCAAGCACGUCGCUACCGGGGACGAGCAGCAUGAGCCGCUAAGCCUCACCGUCCGGUUCCGGUACCCCUCUUUCGGUCAGCCUAGCGCCUCAGGCCAGGCCAUAGCGCUGCCGGCGUACCGGAUCAAGGCGGACAUGGUUCGCGGUCAGGAUUUGGACCAGGUCCUGCAGAUAAUCAAGACGUGUACGGCGGCGGAUAUGUUGGCAGCUCGUCUCAGAGUGUCAGCGGGCGAACUCAUCGAGAUUUCGGACGGGGAUGAUGACGAUGACAUGCCGGAAGUCUACCCCGUCCGAAGGCAGGAGCGACCCAUCGAAAUCGACGAUUCGGACGACGACUCCCUUCUUAACGUACCCAUGUCGCGCCCUACCCGCCCCAGUCGCCCCGUGCGCGCGGUCUCGGUGUCCUCCGAUGGCGAUUCCCCUGCUCGACCCCAGCCUUCCUCCAGCGGGAAAUACGGCGUCCCCACGUCCAUCCUAUACCAGACGGAUGAUGACGAUGAGCCCCUCCCUCGCUCAUCGUCCGCCUCGCCUGGCAUUCCUCCUCUCCACAAGGGCCGCAUUCCGCCUAACGACAUCAUGCUCAUCCCCUCCGAUUCGGAUGCGGGUCGGGAGGACUGGCAGGCAUUCCAGGAUGAGGUGGUGGCACAGAGGGUGGCGGCGGCUCGAAGGGAGGCUUCGCCGCUGGACCAGCUGUACGGCGAGGAGGAAGAAGACGAGGGCGCGGUAGAAAACGCUCGGGUGUAUCCGGACGAGGAGGACGAGCUCGCCACUUCAGUCCACGGGUCGGACGACGGCUCGAACGAGCGUCCUUCCGGGAUGGAGCUCGGCUACUAUCCCGGGUCGGAGGACGAGGAUGCCGAUGAGGCGGCGGAUCACGAGGAGGACAAGGAGGAGGCGGUCGUCCUCCCCGAGGGGGCAUGGAUUGAGGACGAGCGCCACGAGGAGGAUUACUACCCGCCCUCUCCACCCGCCGCUCCCGUCGACCCCUUCGCCUCCUCGGACCCGCACGACCUGCUGGCGGAGCUCGAGCCCGAAGCCGGCAGGCAGGACGCCUAUCACCGAGUUUGGUAUUCGUACGCCGAGUCGGAAGGCACGCACUCGGACGGGGGAGUCGAUUACGUGCCGGACCGCUGGAUCGCCCCGGAAGUCCAGGUUCAGAACGAGGACGAAGACGCCGACGAUCCAGACCUUGAGCCCCUCGAGCACGGCGAGAUCGACCCCAGGGAGAUCAACUCUUCUCCCUCCGGCUCGCCUGAGCCUGAAGUCCGGGUCCAGCCGUCUUCGCCGGCCUAUCAGCCAGCUAGCCCUGUCGAGUCGCCCAAGAUGUACGCGUUUCCUGGGCACUGGCGGGACUACAUUCGAGGUGGAGAAGAGGCGGAGGAGAAGGUGGAGCAGAAGAAGGGGAAAUUCACUUCCGACCUUGUGUGGGCCGAGGACGAGGCCGCGGAUGUUGAGGGCGGGAUUGGGCGGAUGCAGGGUAAGCAGCGGGAUGCUCGUGCUUCUACCGAGACCGAGGAGCGGUUCCCCGAGUCAAGCGAUUACGCUCCGGUCCACGUGGAGGAAGAUGAGCGACGAGAGUACCUCAAGGAUGAGAUGACUGAGCUCCAGCUCCGCCGCGCGACCCUCGAAUCCCUCAAGGCUCGCCGACUUUGUCGGGCCGCCAUGACCGCGUGGACGAACACCCGGGAUAUCCUCCGCGAGUCGAGCUUCCCGGACAGCUCGCCCAGGCGACACUAUAUCCCCGUCCCGUCCUCGGAAGAGAUCGACAUGGGCGAGGAGGCCGAGCAGGCGGCUCACGUCCAGCAGGAGCAGGAAGACAAUGAGGAGGACGAGGAGGAGAGUGAGGGGGGAGAGGGAAACCAAGACCAGCCUGCUUCGAACUGGAUCGACGACGAGUUCCUCGAUGGAGAAGAUGAGGAUGUCGAGGAGGAUGAUGGGAUGGGAGAGGUUGGGGAGGAGGUGUACUAUGAGGAUGAGAAGGAUGAUGAUGAGGGCUUCCAGGAUCAGGGCGUUGAGCUGGACCAGGAGGCGGAAGUGGAGGUGGAGGAGCUGGAAGAGGGUGAGGUGGGGGAGGACGGUCAUGUCGAGGCCGACGAGGACGAGGCGGUAGCCCCUGUCGAGGCCGGCAUCACGCCCAUCGAACAUGUCGAGCGCGACGGCGACCUCGAGGCUCAGCCGGUGCCCGAGCCAGACACCGCAGUGGAAGAGCGAAGCCGGACACUUAGCAUCGCCCAGUCAGUCCUUGCGGAGCGGUGGGCUAUGCAGGAGGAUGGACCGGCCGAGGAGGAGAAGGAGCAAUGGCCAGCCCAUGAGAGGGCUCCAGCUAUGCCGAUCGUGCAGUAUGCUUCGGAGGCGGAAGAAGACGAGGAAGACGGGGAUGUACGAGACGAGCAGGAAGCCGCUGAUGCAUCUAGCGAUGUUCCCGCUGUCGAUCAAGAAGUUCAGCCAGCCAGUAUGGUAUCCAGCAGCAUCGCCGAGAAGCCCGUCGUCCCCGCGUCGGUCGAGCCUUCUUCCCUCGGCCUCACUCUGGGACAGACCGCCGGAGCUGCCGGCUCGCUCGGUCCCGCCUCUGUCACCUCUCAGCCUUCAUCCGACAACGCAGAGAUGGCCUACAUCGCCAACGCCGUCGCUGAGAUCGACGCAGAGGCCGACGCGGACGAAGUCUCGCGCGAAUACCUCAGUAAUGACAAAGGCAAGGGCAAGGAGAAGGCCCCCGGGCAAGGCUCGCUCAAGAAUCAGAACAAGCACAAGAAGAGGAGGGACAGGAAGCGGAAGGAUCAGAGCGAGAAGCCAGCGGUGGACCGGGCUGUCAUCAAACGAAUGACCAUCAACGACCGCCAGGCCCGAUGGCAGAACAUGACGUCCAUCUCGCGCUUCAUCACCGGUGUCGCCGGUCCCUCCAACACUUCCGGCACCGGCCCCUCCUCGGUCCCUCCACCGGCUCCCAUCCCUGAGAUUGAGCGCAGCCACGUCGUUGCCUCUGGAAGCGCUAGCGACUCGUCCGAUGGACCCGUCACCCCCAAGUACCGCCUCCGACCUCUCAAGCGGUCUUUCGACCAGGCAGGUCUGGACGAGCCUAUCACUAUCCUCAACAUGUCGCCUAGCGGCAGUAGUACGACCGCGGUUGGGUCCGACUCGCCGCCCAAGUACAACGCCGUCGUGGCCAAGCCGGUCUCUCCUCUUCCGGCGGCGAAGCGGUUCAAGGCGGUCGGCUCGGCGCUGGGGCUGAUUGUCCUCGGCGCGGCGCUGGGGAGUGUGGGGACCAUUGCGGGUCUCAUGCAGCUGGCGGAGUAG